AGGGCCGUAUUUUUUUUUUUUUUUUAUCAGAGAUGGAAAUGGAACCUCCCCCCUGGGUGCCCGGGGUGUCCCUUUGGGGUAGCGCCCCCCCUUCCGGAGGGCAGCAUCCCGCCGGGGGUGGGGGCUCAGCUUUGAUCCCAGGGCACCUUUUGUCCCUAGAGGCGCCCUCUGCCAGCCAGUAGAAAUGAUGGAAGAAUUGCAUAGCCUGGACCCUCGACGGCAGGAAUUAUUAGAGGCCAGGUUUACAGGAGUUGGUGUUAGUAAGGGGCCACUCAAUAGUGAGUCUUCCAACCAGAGCUUGUGCAGCGUGGGGUCCUUGAGUGAUAAAGAAGUAGAGACUCCUGAGAAAAAACAGAAUGACCAGCGAAACCGGAAAAGAAAAGCUGAACCAUAUGAAACUAGCCAAGGGAAAGGCACUCCUAGGGGACAUAAAAUUAGUGAUUACUUUGAGUUUGCUGGGGGAAGCGGGCCAGGAACCAGCCCUGGCAGAAGUGUUCCACCAGUUGCACGAUCCUCACCGCAACAUUCCUUAUCCAAUCCCUUACCGCGGCGAGUAGAACAGCCCCUGUACGGCUUAGAUGGAGCUGCAAAGGAGGUGCCGGAGGAGCAGUCGGCGCUGCCCACCCUCAUGUCAGUGAUGCUGGCAAAACCUCGGCUCGACACCGAGCAGUUGGCUCAGAGGGGCGCUGGCCUCUGCUUCACGUUCGUUUCAGCUCAGCAAAACAGUCCCUCCUCUACGGGAUCUGGCAACACAGAGCAUUCCAGCAGCUCCCAAAAACAGAUCUCCAUCCAGCACAGACAGACCCAGUCUGACCUCACAAUAGAAAAAAUAUCUGCACUAGAAAACAGUAAGAAUUCUGACUUAGAAAAGAAGGAGGGAAGAAUAGAUGAUUUGUUAAGAGCCAACUGUGAUUUGAGGCGGCAGAUUGAUGAGCAGCAAAAGAUGCUAGAAAAGUACAAAGAACGAUUAAAUCGAUGUGUGACAAUGAGCAAGAAACUCCUUAUAGAAAAGUCAAAACAAGAGAAGAUGGCGUGUAGAGAUAAGAGCAUGCAAGACCGCUUGAGAUUGGGCCACUUUACCACCGUUCGACAUGGGGCCUCUUUUACUGAACAAUGGACAGAUGGUUAUGCUUUCCAGAACCUUAUCAAGCAGCAGGAAAGGAUAAAUUCACAGAGGGAAGAGAUAGAAAGACAACGGAAAAUGUUAGCGAAACGGAAACCUCCUGCCAUGGGACAGGCCCCUCCAGCAACCAAUGAGCAGAAACAGAGGAAAAGCAAGACCAACGGAGCUGAAAAUGAAACGUUAACAUUAGCAGAAUACCAUGAACAAGAAGAAAUCUUCAAACUUAGAUUAGGUCAUCUUAAAAAGGAAGAAGCAGAGAUCCAGGCAGAGCUGGAAAGGCUAGAAAGGGUUAGAAAUCUACAUAUCAGGGAACUAAAAAGGAUACAUAAUGAAGAUAAUUCACAAUUUAAAGAUCAUCCAACGCUAAAUGACAGAUACUUGUUGUUACAUCUUUUGGGUAGAGGAGGUUUCAGUGAAGUUUACAAGGCAUUUGAUCUAACAGAACAAAGAUAUGUAGCUGUGAAAAUUCACCAGUUAAAUAAAAACUGGAGAGAUGAGAAAAAGGAGAAUUACCACAAGCAUGCAUGUAGGGAAUACCGGAUUCACAAAGAACUGGAUCAUCCCAGGAUAGUUAAGCUGUAUGAUUACUUUUCACUGGACACUGACUCGUUUUGUACAGUAUUAGAAUACUGUGAGGGAAAUGAUCUGGACUUCUACCUGAAACAGCACAAAUUAAUGUCGGAGAAAGAGGCCCGAUCCAUUAUCAUGCAGAUUGUGAAUGCUUUAAAGUACUUAAAUGAAAUAAAACCUCCCAUCAUACACUAUGACCUCAAACCAGGUAAUAUUCUUUUAGUAAAUGGUACAGCAUGUGGAGAGAUAAAAAUCACAGAUUUUGGUCUUUCCAAGAUCAUGGAUGAUGAUAGCUACAAUUCCGUGGAUGGCAUGGAGCUAACGUCACAAGGUGCUGGUACUUACUGGUAUUUACCACCAGAGUGUUUUGUGGUUGGGAAAGAGCCACCAAAGAUCUCAAAUAAAGUUGACGUCUGGUCAGUGGGUGUGAUCUUCUACCAGUGUCUUUAUGGAAGGAAGCCUUUUGGCCACAACCAGUCCCAGCAAGACAUUCUACAAGAAAAUACUAUUCUUAAAGCUACUGAAGUGCAGUUCCCGCCAAAGCCAGUGGUAACACCAGAAGCAAAGGCAUUUAUUCGACGAUGCUUAGCCUACCGAAAGGAGGACCGCAUUGAUGUCCAGCAGCUGGCCUGUGACCCCUACUUGCUGCCUCACAUCCGAAAGUCGGUCUCCACGAGUAGCCCUGCUGGAGCUGCUAUUGCAUCGACCUCGGGGGCGUCCAAUAACAGUUCUUCGAAUUGAGACCCACUCCUAGGCCGCGAACUGUUCAGCACACACAAAGUGGACAAAUGGCAUUCAGCAGCGGGUUUGGGACAUAGCGAAUCCGAAUGGAUCUCAUGAAACCUGUACCAGGUGCUUUUAUUUUCUUGCUUUUUUCCCAUCCAUAGAGCAUGACAGCAUCGAUUCUCAUUGAGGAGAAACCUUGGGCAGCUCUGGCCAGGCCUCGUAGGAAAAGGCCCCGCCCGAGGUUCCGGCGUCAACGGCCACUGCAUGUGGCUGCUCUGAGUGAGGAAAAAAUUAAAAAGAAAAACUGGUUCCAUGUACUGUGAACUUGAAAACAUGCAGACUCAGGGGGGGUCCCUGAUGCAGUGCUUCAGAUGAAGAAUGUGGACUUGAAAAUACAGACUGGGCUAGUCCAGUGUCUAUAUUUAAACUUGUUCUUUUCUUUUAAUAAAGUUUAGGUAACAUCUCCUGAAAAGCUUGUAGCACAAAGGCUCAGCUGGGGAUGGUGUUUGACUUCGGAGGAAAAAAGUUGCUAUUGCCCGUUAAAGGCACUAGAGUUAGUGUUUUAUCCCUAAAUAAUUUCAAUUUUUAAAAACAUGCAGCUUCCCUCCCUCCCCCUUUUUUAUUUUUGAAAGAAUACAUUUGGUCAUAAAGUGAAACCCGUAUUAGCAAGUACGUGGCAAUGUUCAUUCCAGUCAGAUGCAGCUUUCUCCUCCGUCUGGUCUCCUGUUUGCAAUCGCUUCCCUCAUCUCAGCAGGGAAGGUGUCAAGUGGGAGGACUGAGGUGUGUGGGGCUUUGCCGUCGGACAAAGAACGAGGUUAGAAGCCCGCAGCUUGGAGUCUCUAGGUUUUCAACUCUUUCUUCACAAUUUGAACACUUGACGGUUGUCCCUUUUAAUUUAUUUGAAGUGCUAUUUUUUUAAAUAAAGGUUCAUCUGUCCAUGCA